CCUUUGCCGGAAAACAUGAUACCAUCCCUUCAUUUUCAAGAAAACAAAUCUUCUCUUUGUCUCUCAUGGGUCGCUGAAUCUGUCUCUCUCCUGCUCCACUACAAACAACUGCGAAAGCUACAGGGAAGGAAGUAAGUCGUUAUCAUGCCCAUUAUCCUCUCUCUCAAUUUUCACAAGAGCAUUUCCUGCAACUGGUUUUUGAAAACAUGUUGAAAACAAUACAUAUUAGUAGUCAUUUUGUAACGGUUAACGGUCGCUGUAACUAGUCGUCGUGAUAGUUCCUUAAAACAUGUUGUAAAAAUUCUGUGAAGGAAAUCAAGUGUUGGUAGCAGUAGGCAUGGACACUAUGAUCGAUUAGGAGACCGAAAACUUGGUUUUGAAAAUGAAAGAAACUGCUUACAAAAACAGAGAAAUCUCGCAACACUUCCACACCCAAAACCCUUGAGAGAUAAUAACAACAAUGGUUAAUUCACUCUCUUCUACCCUCCUAACCACUUUCUUAGUUCUCUCACUCUUCCACCUCUCUUCCUUCCACAACAAUCUAGCCGCGAAGCACAUCCACCACAGCUACUCCUCUGCCAACCUCCACCACCACCACCACCAUAUACCCACCCCGUAUAAAACCACCAAAGCCAACACCACCAUAUCGAACCCUCGACUCCAACAAGCUUACAUUGCUCUCCAAGCAUGGAAAAGGGUAAUCUUCUAUGACCCGAACAACUUCACGUCCGAUUGGGUGGGUGAGUCCGUCUGCAACUACACCGGAGUAUUCUGCAGCAACCUUCCCAACGCCACCAAACCCACCAUCACCGUAGCCGGAAUUGACCUCAACUCCGCAAACAUUGCCGGACUCCUCCCCCCUGAGCUCGGCCUCCUCUCCGACCUCGCCCUGAUCCACCUCAACAGCAACCGAUUCUGUGGACUAGUCCCACAAACUCUAUCGAACCUUUCUCUCCUAUUCGAGCUCGACCUCAGUAACAACAGACUCGUCGGCCCUUUUCCCACCGUCGUCCUCUCUCUUCCCAGUCUCCAGUACCUCGAUCUCCGUUACAAUGAAUUCGAAGGCCCACUUCCUCCCCAGCUCUUUAGUAAAUCAUUUGAUGCUAUUUUCCUCAAUAACAAUGGGUUCACUUCCUCAAUUCCACCAAAUCUCGGUAAAAGCUCUGCAACUGUUAUAGUUUUUGCAAACAACAACUUUGGUGGUUGUCUCCCGCCAAGCAUUUCAAACUUCGCCGAUACAUUGGAAGAAUUGGUUCUAAUCAACACAAAUUUAUCUGGGUGUGUGCCACCUGAAGUGGGAUUUCUGUAUAAAUUGAAACUAUUAGAUUUGAGUUCGAACAGACUGGAGGGUCCGAUUCCGUAUAGUAUUUCAGGGUUAGCUCAUUUGGAGCAGCUGAAUGUAGCCCACAAUUACAUGAGUGGAAACGUGCCAGAAGGGGUUUGUAUUUUGCCAAACUUGGUGAAUUUCACUUAUUCUUACAACUUUUUCUGUGAGGAAGAGGGGGUUUGCCGGAACUUGACUUCCAAAGGGGUGGUGUUCGACGAUCGACGGAAUUGUUUGCCGGAAAAGCCGCUUCAGAGGACCAAGGAGCAGUGUGAUCCUGUGGUUGAGCAUCCUGUGGAUUGCUAUCACUAUCCCUGCGGUGGUGCCCCGGUGGCGCAGGCUCCAGCUCCUAUCCAUGCCUAAUUAGUGAGUAACAAACUAGAAUAAAGAUUCAAAUUUGAAUCUGCAAGUCUGUUGUGAACAAUUUUAGUUUUGAGUCUGUACAUUUGUGUGAGUUUUUACGCCUGUUUAUGUUUUGCUAAAGUGUCCUGGUGAGUGGGUCGUCUUUAUAAUAUGUACAUCAUCAUCUUGGAUAUACCUUUAAAAGUUUGAAAAAUGAAAAUUAUUUGAGCGGUUGUCGAAGCUCAUCCGCAAAUAAAA